CCAGGACAAACAACAGCGGACAAGCUAUAGCCAACUCUCUCGACCAUGCCAAAGAUCAUCAGCAACAGCAUCAUCUCUUCGUCCGACAAUCGGGAGGAGGCGCAGGGCCUGCAUUCAUACUACUGUCUUUGCAGCGAGUUCAUUCUUGUCAUCGAUAUCGAGCUAGGACAGCUACCUAGACGGGAGACUGAUAACGCUGUGAUCGUUGAGAACGCGACACGCAUGUAUAGAUUGCACGCAACACCCACAGAAACCAAGAUCAUCAAGAGGGGCGACAAAUUCGAGAAACAAUACCGUUUGCACUGUCCAAGAUGUAACUUAUUGAUCGCAUACGAGACAACAUCUCAGCUAAAGGGGGGACCAUACACCUACAUUGUCCAAGGUGCGUUGAAUGAGAUCCAAGGAGUACCCCACGAUGACUGGGAACUGGGGCUACCGGGCCAGGAAGAAGAGGAUCAGAACAUGGAACAUGAAGACGCGGAGAUGAGAUCGAGAAUGGCGGGUAACCAGGAUGCAGCAGCGAAGGCAAGGGCGCUUUUAGCAGCGUCGUCGUCAUAAAGCAGGAGAGAGAGUCUGAAAUAGCAUCAGCAUCAGCACCUUGUACCAUGUAAAGUAGUAUCAAUGAACAAGAAAGAGAGAGAAC